AUGAACCUGAAGCAUUACUUUUUUUUUUCUAGGGGAAAUGCACCAAAAUUAAACUUGGGAGGCAGUACCACAACUCAAGCUACAGGUAUCACAGGAGGCUUUGGGUUUGGUGGCUCUGCACCAACUAGUGUGCCCUCAAGUCAAGCAGCAGCUCCAUCUGGCUUUAUUUUUGGCUCUACUGGUACUACCACCACCACUACCACUCAGUCUGGGACAACUGGAGGGUUUAAUUUUUCCAGUGGCAGUGCGACUCAGGCAGGAACGCCCAGCUUCAAUAUCAGCACUGUAAGCAAUGCAACCCCACAAGCAGCGCCCACAGGGUUGACCUUUGGAAUAGCGCCUGCUGCUGCAGCUGCCACCACUGCUGCCACCCUAGGAGCAACAACACAGCCGGCAACUGCCUUCAGCCUUGGGGGACAGUCCUCGGGUCUAAACUUUGGAUCAUUGACUUCAACAGCAGCCACUAGCGCACCCACGGGAACGCUGACUGCUAGUACAAGCCAGGCACCCACUCUGUCAUUUGGAACCAAACUUGGAGUAACAUCCACAGCUUCUACAACUGCUGCUACCACCACAACUUCCCUUCUUGGUUCAACUGGGCCUACACUGUUUGCAUCUAUAGCAAGUUCCUCAGCACCAACCUCAUCAUCCACCACCACAGGCCUCUCACUUGGUGCCUCUUCCACUGGCACAACCAGUCUUGGAACUCUUGGAUUUGGAUUAAAAGUUCCUGGAACAACAACUGCAGCAUCAAGCACUGUGACUAGCUCUUCCUCUGCUCCUAGUGUAAGCUUUGCUUUGAAUCUUAAGCCAUUAACUACCACUGUUACUGUUGGAGCUGUGACUUCUACAGCUAGUAUAACCACAGCAACAACCAGUGCACCUCCAGUGAUGACUUAUGCCCAGCUUGAGAGCCUGAUAAACAAGUGGAGUCUGGAACUCGAAGAUCAAGAGAAACACUUCCUUCAUCAAGCUACGCAAGUUAAUGCCUGGGAUCGGACACUGAUAGAGAACGGAGAAAAAAUUACCUCAUUGCACAGAGAAGUAGAGAAAGUGAAGCUUGAUCAGAAGAGACUGGAUCAGGAACUAGACUUUAUUCUGUCGCAACAGAAAGAGCUGGAAGACUUACUGACUCCUCUGGAGGAGUCUGUGAAGGAACAGAGUGGGACUAUCUACUUGCAGCAUGCAGACGAAGAAAGGGAGAGAACAUAUAAACUGGCUGAAAACAUAGAUGCUCAGUUAAAGCGUAUGGCACAGGAUCUCAAGGACAUCAUUGAGCACUUGAAUACAUCAGGAGGCCCAGCAGACACUAGUGACCCACUUCAGCAGAUCUGUAAAAUUUUGAAUGCACAUAUGGAUUCAUUGCAGUGGAUUGACCAGAACUCAGCCCUGUUGCAGAGAAAGGUAGAAGAGGUAACAAAGGUUUGUGAGAGUCGCCGCAAGGAGCAAGAGCGCAGUUUUCGAAUCACAUUCGAUUGAAAGACUCAAUGGUGUUCGAAUAUUAACCUGAAAUCCUGUCUACAUAGAGAACUGAAGUUGGUGGGAACAUGGAUUUAAAAUUGUGAUUGGGAUUUAUUUUCUUUGUUUUGUUUUUUAUUUCAGUAAGUCUCUCUGCUUUGUUUUUUAUGCCAAAGCUAGUCUUCGUACUGUCUUACUGGAAUUCAGUGACUCUGGUCUGACAGACUGCAUAAAGGUUCUGCUGAAAGUA